GCUCUUCUAUGGCUAAUGCAACCGGAUGAGGAAGCGGGCUGUAUCUUCAGAGUUGUCUCCAUCUUUCCAAGAACAGAACAAAAUGAACAAGGUAGAACAGAAGUUCCAGGGAUCAGUAUCAUUUGAAGAUGUGACUGUGGGCUUCAGCCAGGAGGAGUGGCAGCACCUGGAUCUUAGUCAGAGGGCUCUGUAUAGAGAUGUGAUGCUGGAGAACUACAGCAACCUUGUCUCAGUGGGGUAUUGUGUUUACAAACCAGAGGUGAUCUUCAGGCUAGAACAAGGAGAAGAGCCAUGGAGACUGGAGGAAGAAUUCCCAAGCCAGAGCUUUCCAGGCUCCUCUUGGCUAUGGUGGUUUCCCAGACUUUCCUUGUUUUGGAUGACCUUGACAGUUUGGAGGAGUCCUGGUGAGAAGUCUGGACAGCUGAUCACCUGAAAGAGAGGAGCCAAGAAAACCUAUCUAAACAUUUGUGGGAAAUUGUAUUCAUCAAUGAUGAAAUGCUGACUAAGGAACAAGGUAAUGUAAUAGGAAUACCAUUUAACGUGGACGUAAGUUCUUUUCCUUCCAGAAAAAUGUUCUGUCAGUGUGACUCGUGUGGAAUGAGUUUCAACACUGUUUCACAAUUGGUUAUCAGUAAGAUGAACUAUUUAGGAAAAAAGUCUGAUGAAUUUAAUGCCUUUGGGAAGUUGGUACUCAAUAUUAAGCAUGAUGAAACUUAUACUCGAGAGAAAAAUGAAGUUUUGAAAAAUAGGAACACUCUGAGUCAUCAUGAGAACACUUUGCAGCAUGAGAAGAUUCAAACUUUAGAGCACAAUUUUGAAUACAGUGUAUGUCGGGAAGCCCUCCUUGAAAAGGCAGUAUUCAAUACACGGAAGAGAGAGAAUGCAGAAGAGAAUAACUGUGAAUAUAAUGAAUUUGGGAGAACUUUCUGUGAUGGUUCAUCCCUCUUGUUCCAUCAGAUACCUCCAUCAAAGGACAAUCACUAUGAAUUUAGUGAUUGUAAGAAGUUCUUAUGUGUGAAGUCCACCCUUUCUAAACAUCACGGGGUACCUAUGAAACACUAUGAUUGUGGUGAAAGUGGGAAUAAUUUCAGGAGGAAAUUGUGUCUGUCACAGCUUCAGAAAGGUGAUAAAGGAGAGAAACACUUUGAGUGUAAUGAAUGUGGGAAAGCUUUCUGGGAGAAGUCACAUCUCACUCGACAUCAGAGGGUGCACACAGGAGAGAAACGCUUUCAAUGUAAUGAAUGUGGAAAAAUGUUCUGGGAGAAGUCAAAUCUCACUAAACAUCAGAGAUCACACACAGGGGAGAAACCUUUUGAAUGCAAUGAAUGUGGGAAAGCCUUUAGCCAUAAAUCAGCUCUCACAUUACACCAGAGAACACAUACAGGGGAGAAACCCUAUCAGUGUAACGCGUGUGAGAAAACAUUUUACCAGAAAUCUGAUCUCACUAAACAUCAGAGAACACACACAGGGCUGAAACCCUAUGAAUGUUAUGAAUGUGGAAAAUCCUUCUGUAUGAAUUCGCACCUUAUGGUACACCAGAGAACUCAUACAGGUGAGAAACCUUUUGAAUGUCUUGAGUGUGGGAAAUCCUUUUGUCAAAAGUCACAUCUUACACAGCAUCAGAGAACUCACAUAGGAGAUAAACCUUAUGAAUGUAAUGCAUGUGGGAAAACUUUCUACCACAAGUCAGUGCUCACCAGGCAUCAGAUAAUUCAUACAGGGUUGAAACCUUAUGAAUGUUAUGAAUGUGGGAAAACCUUCUGCUUGAAGUCAGACCUAACAGUACAUCAGAGAACGCACACAGGUGAGAAACCAUUUGCAUGUCCUGAAUGUGGGAAAUUCUUUAGCCAUAAGUCAACCCUCUCUCAACAUUAUAGAACACACACAGGGGAGAAACCCUAUGAAUGUCAUGAAUGUGGAAAAAUCUUUUACAAUAAAUCAUACCUAACUAAACAUAAUAGAACACAUACAGGGGAGAAACCCUAUGAAUGUAAUGAAUGUGGGAAAACCUUCUGCCAGAAGUCACAACUCACUCAGCAUCAGAGAAUUCACAUAGGGGAGAAACCCUAUGAAUGUAAUGAGUGUGGAAAAGCUUUCUGCCAUAAGUCAGCUCUAAUUGUACAUCAGAGAACCCAUACACAAGAAAAGCCCUAUAAAUGUAACGAAUGUGGAAAAUCUUUCUGUGUGAAGUCAGGACUUAUUUUACAUGAGAGAAAGCACACGGGGGAGAAACCUUAUGAAUGCAGUGAAUGUGGGAAAUCCUUCAGUCACAAAUCAUCACUCACAGUACAUCACAGGGCUCACACAGGAGAGAAAUCUUGUCAAUGUAAUGAAUGUGGAAAAAUCUUUUACCGUAAAUCAGACCUUGCUAAACACCAGAGAUCACAUACAGGGGAAAAGCCCUAUGAAUGUAACACAUGCAGGAAAACUUUCUCUCAAAAGUCAAAUCUCAUUGUACAUCAGAGAACACACAUAGGAGAAAAACCUUAUGAAUGAAAUGGAUAUUAGAAAUUUCCAGCCACAAGUGAGCCUCCGUAAUGCCUCAGAUUAUUCACACUGUGGAGAAAGCCCUGUAGACAUCCUGAAUGUUCAGUAACUAUCCACAAACUCGCCUUAUGUUACUCCAAAGUAACAGUAGGGGAUAAACCCAAGAGUACAACAAUUAUAGGACAGCUUUUGUUAGGAAGUGAUAUUCUGUUGAAUAUUAGAUGAUUAAUACUGGCAUAAAACCUCAUAGAUUUUUUUGAAUUUGUGAAAGUUUUUGGCAAAAAUACAAACAAGAUUAUGUUUGAGUUUGCAUCGAGGAGAAAAUUGUCAAUUUAAGAAAUCUGAAGUGAAAAUUUUGCUUAGAAACACAAUAUGACAAAUUCUGUUUUGAGUUUGAUGCCAUAAUAGUUUUUAGGGCACCUAACAAUAAUUUAUAGAUGUAUUUUGUGGAAUGUAAAACUUUAAGAACUUAAAAAAAGUAAUAAUUAAAAUAACCUCACAAGAAGUUGUAAUGAGUACAGAGAAUUCCCAAGUACACUUCACCAAACUUCCUGUAAGGAUAAUAUACAAUCAUAGUAUAUGGUCAAGUCCAAGAAAUCGAUGUUACCUUGCUAGUAGAUACAGACUUAACUCACAUUUUACUAUGGUUUGUGUGCACCGGGUGUGUUUAUGUGUGUGUGAUUAUAUGAAACUUUUACCACUUUUACAUUUGAGUAACCAUCAACACAAUUGGUUUGCAGAACUGAAAAGGAAUCUGAGAUCUGUAUUGUAUCAGGAUUACAAAGGAAUCAGAAUUUAGCCUCAAGUAGUUCCCUUGUUGUAUUAAUAACCACAUCCUUUCUGCAUCCUUAUCCCUUGCACCCACUUGACUAUGAAGCUUCUUUUAAAGCAUAAAUUGAAUAAUUAGAGCAAUAGCAUUAAACACAUUUGUGAAUUAUCCCUGAAGUUCAUAGGACUUACAUAUGUACAAGUGGUAUGUGAUAUAAAUUGUUUCAUAUGCAUAGUGGAAUUUAACCUAAUUGUGAAUAGAAAGUAGGUAUCCUAAUUUAGUAGUGGUUACAUCAUCAGGCCCAUCCUAGAUGUUUGUCAUGUCUUGAAACAGUUUAAAAGGAGACCACAGAGCUAAUGUUUAUCCAUUUUAAAAGUUAUAAAUCAAAAUAACAAAUUAUCUAAAA